CGCGCGCGUGCGUGUGUGUGUGUUUGAGGAGCCCCCUUCUCCUUAACUAGCUGGUCGGCAGCGGAGGGAUUAGUGAAGCCAGCUCCACUCACUAUUAUCUUACCGGGGAAGGGGAAGGGGAGGGGGGAUAUGAAUUACGCGUGAAUCAUGGUCGUCGUCAUUACUACCGGCUGGGAGUGGAGCCGAAAUUGUACAAGAUACGGAUAACGGCGAAGGAAGGUCCUUGUGGGUCGAGUCACGUUUCCAGGUCUCGUUGUUCCGCCGUGAGAAUGCCUCACCAGGGGCUCCGCUGCUGCUGCCGCCGCCGCCGUCGCUGCCUCUCCUCGGACCCGUCGCCUGCCUCCUUCACAUGUGCGUCAUGUUGAAGAAGUGACCCGGACACAAGAAGGGACUUCUGCGACGGCGACUCAACCAAAAAAGGACCAACGGAUAUUUUUAUAUAUAUAUUUUUUUAAACUUUCCGCCGCGCGAGAAAAGAAAAUAGAGAGAGGGAGAAAAAGUUGUACUUGUUGGUUCGAGAAGGAAAACAUGGGGAACGCAGGGAGCAUGGACCAGCACACUGAUUUAAGAGGACACAACAUGCCUCUGAAACUCCCCAUGCCCGAGCCAGGUGAACUGGAGGAACGAUUUGCAGCCGUAUUGAACUCGAUGAAUCUUCCUCCAGACAAAGCGCGACUGUUGCGGCAGUAUGACAACGAGAAGAAGUGGGAACUCAUCUGCGAUCAGGAGCGAUUCCAAGUGAAAAACCCGCCUCACGCGUACCUCCAAAAGCUGUGGAGUUAUCUCGACCCAGCACUCACAAGAAAGAAAUUCAGACGGAGAGUUCAGGAGUCCACUCAAGUCCUGAGAGAACUGGAGAUUUCAUUGCGGACCAAUCACAUAGGGUGGGUGAGAGAAUUCUUAAAUGAGGAGAACAAAGGUCUGGACGUGCUGGUGGAGUAUCUUUCUUUUGCACAGUAUGCCGUCACGUUUGAUGAAGAUUGUGCAGAGAACAACCCCGAGGCUGCUCUGGAUAAAUCUAAGCCCUGGAGCCGCUCCAUAGAAGACCUGCAUGGAGGAGGCAGCCUGCCGUCUUCCAUUGCUGGGAACAGCCUCACACGCGCUGGCCGACAUUCCACGAUACGCUCCAGCACACUGCCGCGCCGGAGAACUCUGAAAAACUCCAGACUGGUCUGCAAGAAAGACGAUGUUCACGUCUGCAUCAUGUGCCUGCGUGCCAUCAUGAACUACCAGUAUGGCUUCAACAUGGUCAUGUCUCACCCACAUGCGGUGAAUGAAAUUGCACUAAGUCUCAACAAUAAAAAUCCAAGAACUAAAGCUCUGGUCUUGGAGCUCCUGGCGGCGGUUUGUCUCGUGAGAGGAGGCCACGAAAUAAUUCUCUCUGCGUUCGACAACUUUAAGGAGGUGUGUAUAGAGACGCAGCGGUUUGAGAGACUAAUGGAGUAUUUCAAGAACGAGGACAACAACAUCGACUUUAUGGUGGCCUGUAUGCAGUUCAUCAACAUAGUGGUGCACUCAGUGGAGGACAUGAACUUCAGAGUUCACCUCCAGUACGACUUCACCAAGCUGGGCCUGGACGACUACUUGGACAAACUGAAGCACACAGAGAGCGAUAAGCUGCAGGUGCAGAUUCAGGCCUACUUGGAUAACGUGUUUGACGUGGGCGCCCUUCUGGAGGAUGCGGAGACCAAAAACGCCGCCCUGGAGCGUGUGGAGGAGCUGGAAGAGAACAUGUCGCAUGUGACAGAGAAGCUGCAGGAUACGGAGAAUGAGGCCAUGUCCAAGAUCGUGGAGCUGGAGAAGCAGCUGAUGCAAAGGAACAAGGACCUUGAAUCGAUGAGGGAAGUCUACAAAGACGCCAGCUCGCAGGUACACUCACUGCGGCAGAUGUUGAAAGAGAGGGACGAGGCCAUCCAACGACAGAGUAACCUGGAGAGAAAGAUCCACGAGCUGGAGAAACAAGGCACCCUCAAGAUCCACAAGAAGGGAGAUGGAGACAUCUCCAUCAUGCCCUCGCCCUACUCCGGUGUGGGCGGCGUGCCAGGUGUUGUGAUGGGAGGAAACGGUGCAGCUUUCACUCCAAAUCACGUGGGAGGCGUAGCUGGCAUGCCGGCUCCACCACCACCUCCUCCUCCACCCCCCCCACUGCCGGUGAACGGCACAUUGUCAAACGGUCCAUCAUCAGCCAUUCCUGCAGCUGCAGCUCCCCCACCUCCACCUCCACCUCCACCGCCUCCCCCUCCCCCUCCGCCUCCUCCUCCCGGGCCAGCCUCACAUAUCUCAGCACAUCUGCCUCCGCCGCCUCCUCCUGGAGCGCCGCCGCUGCCCGGCUGCUGGACGCCCACUGUCAUCAUGAACUCUGGGUUAGCAGCUGUUAAGAUCAAGAAACCCAUCAAGACAAAGUUCCGUAUGCCCGUCUUCAACUGGGUAGCCCUGAAACCAAACCAGAUCAACGGGACUGUCUUCAAUGAGAUUGAUGAUGAGCGGAUACUCGAGGACCUCAACGUGGAUGAGUUCGAGGAGAUGUUUAAGACAAAAGCUCAGGGCCCGGCUAUCGACCUCACCACGAACAAGCAGAAGGUCAUCCAAAAGAUGCCCAACAAGGUGACGCUGCUGGACUCCAACAGAGCCAAGAACCUGGCCAUCAUCCUGAGAAAAGUGGGCAAGCCUCCUGAGGAGAUCUGCAAGGCCAUUCAGAUCUUUGACCUGAGGACUCUGCCGGUGGACUACGUGGAGUGUCUGAUGCGCUUCCAGCCCACAGAACACGAGAUCAAAGUCCUGCGGCAGUUUGAGAAGGAGCGCAAACCACUGGAGAGCCUGACCGACGAGGACCGCUUCAUGAUGCAGUUCAGUAAGAUCGAGCGGCUCAUGCAGAAGAUGACCAUCAUGGCCUUCAUCAGCAACUUCAGCGAGAGCGUGCAGAUGCUCACACCGCAAAUUCAUGCAGUCAUCGCAGCGUCUGUGUCCAUCAAGUCGUCACAGAAGCUCAAGAAAAUUCUGGAGAUUAUCUUGGCCCUCGGAAACUACAUGAACAGCAGCAAAAGAGGAGCGGUGUACGGAUUUAAGCUCCAAAGUUUAGACUUGCUGCUUGAUACCAAGUCGACGGACCGCAAGAUGACGCUGUUACACUACAUCGCCAAUGUGGUGAAGGAGAAAUACUCUCAAGUGUCUCUCUUCUACAAUGAGCUGCACUAUGUGGAGAAGGCGGCAGCAGUGUCGUUGGAGAACGUCCUGCUGGAUGUCAGGGAGCUGCAGAGAGGCAUGGAGCUGACCAAAAGAGAGUACAGCAUGCACGGCCACAACACCAUGCUCAAAGACUUCAUCACACUCAAUGAGAGCAAGCUGAAGAAGCUGCAGGAUGAGGCCAAGAUUGCACAGGAUGCCUUUGACGAGGCGGUGAAGUUCUUCGGGGAGAACUCCAAAUCAACGCCGCCCUCCGUCUUCUUCCCGGUGUUUGUGCGUUUUGUAAAGGCUUACAGGCAAGCACAGGAGGACAAUGAGCAUAAAAAGAGACAGGAGCAGAUUUUGCUGGACAAACUUCUAGAACAGGAGGCCAUGAUGGAGGAAGACCAGAAGACUCCAUCUCAUAAAAACAAGCGGCAGCAGCAAGAGCUGAUCCAUGAGCUCAGGAAGAAGCAGGUGAAAGACAGCCGCCACGUCUACGAGGGCAAAGAUGGCGCCAUCGAGGACAUCAUCACGGAUUUGAGGAAUCAGCCUUACAGGCGGGCGGAUGCUGUGCGAAGGAGUGUCAGGAGACGCUACGAUGACCAGAACCUGCGGCCGCUGAACAACGGAGAAGUGGUCGUGUGACGAGGGAGCAGUGCAUGUGCGGGGGUGUGUGUGUGUGUGUGUGGGGGGGGGGGGGGAGGGGGUUGAAGAUGGGAGGGAGAGACGGGAGGGUCGAUGACAAGGGAAAGAUGACGAAGUGUAGCAAACAUAGAGAUAAUUGUGUGUGUAUAUAUCUAUAUAUAUAAAUAUAUACAUAUAUAUAUGAUGUGACUCUAUGAUGCUGUGGUCAGCAGCGUUUCUCGAUGAAGGAUUGGGACGUGUGGGAAUUUUAAGUGUCAGAAAGGUUGAUUCAGAAACCUUCGACAAGCCAAGUGCCUGAACCUGUUUGUGGGCCGAUGUCACGCCGCCUCCUUUUAGUUUGAUAUGAUCCACUUCCAGCUGACAAUACAAGCUGACCUUGCUUUAAUUUGAAGACGUGUUCAGAGCCCCGUGAAGAGACGCUUCCAUGGAAACGUAAUGUCGAAUGUACGGGACGCGCUACAACAAUGACAUGCUUUAGAGGUGUGCUGACGCGGCGGUCUCUCGGUACAUUCCGGUACUUUUUUCCUUUCCUCUUACAGACGUGCUCAAACAUCUCAAGGCGUUCUUCAACUUCUUACUAGAAGAGUAAUUAAGACUUUAUAUUUGUACUAAGGUAUGUCAAAAUGAGACCGGGCUAAUGUGAAUUAUCUAUUUCAGGCACACUCGAUGCUUACUUCUUUCAUAAUGUUAUGAAUCGGUUAUCAAUUAAUGGAUCAAGCCUGAAUUCGUAGCUCCUAAUCCAUAGCAGUAGGCCGCUUGCUCUCGUCAAACGUUACCGUCCAUUAAAUGUUGCAUUUCUGUAGCAGCACAGCCGUCCGUCUGGUUUCUGGGAACAAAACACUAUUUCUACGUAUUGAAACUGCACGAAAGAUCAGGAUCCACACCGUCAUGUUUCUCCUUGUCAAAACUGGAUCGAACUUUGCAUUUAAUCUGUCAAGUUUAUUUUUUACCGAUUCAUUAUAUUCCAGGCUACUGCGUCUACUCACUUUAUUGUAAUUUUAAUGUAUAGUAUUUAACCACUGAAAGGAUUCCGUUAAGCUCCUCUUGUCUUAACGUGUCCAUGUACAUGGAAAACAUGCAAAACAACGUACACAACAAAACAUGUUUCUGAAAUGUAGAUAUUUUGCUACACCAUGUUUUCUUUUUGUUUCUUAAUUCACAUUGCCGGAUGGUUAAUAUUGUACAUAUUGUUCAAAUAAAAGUGCCCACUGCCUUGUGCUAUACAACUUGAAUGUAAUUUUAACUUAUAGUUUUUGUUUGCAUUGUUUUGAAUAUUUAAUGAAGCCAAAUGCAGCCAGAGGCUCCAGUAGUGUUGGUCAUCAUGUCUGUCAGGUCAGAGGCAUCAAAGCCAGCUACAGGGCAACUGAUUUGUAAGUGUUUGUACAUUUAAACAGAUUUAAACUAAAUCAUCACACGGUUAAAUCAGACGAGUUGGUUAGCUGCCCUGUGAUGGUUUUGUGGCCGAGUGACGUUCAUCCGGUUCUCUCAACUUUAGUCUGUAAUGGUAACAUUUGUCUAACUGGAUAAUACUGGCAUGUUUUUCUUUUUUUACUUUCACCGGAAAUGUAUUUUAGGCUGUUUGUGCUUCUUACAAAAUAACAAGCUUUAUUUUAAAAAUUAGUUGACAUGAGAUUUUCAACAAAUAUCAAAUAAACUAUUUACAUUGAAUAUA